AAAUAAAAAAAAAAAUAAUUUUUUAGAAGUUUAAAGGCCUAGAGCCGUAAUAAUAAAAAUCAAUGUGCCGGUAAGCGUGAUGGACCAAUCUAGUGGUACAAGAGACGCUCGCUAUGCGAACCUUAAUUAUUCUAUAGGCAUGAUGGGUAGUGAUGCUGUUACUGAAAUUUAUGGUCGACCAUCUACUUCUCAAUUGCAAACGCGUACUAACAGUGCUUGUAGUGCAGUUACUGGUUCUACUUCUGAUACUGCAGGAUCUACUAUUUCUGGUAGUGUAAAUAUGAUAUCUCAAUCAAAUGCUGUUGAUAAUUCAUCUAUCAGUAUACAACGUAGUUUGAAACGAACGUCAACUGAUGUCUGUUAUGAUGAUAAUACAAAUGAAACCCGACAAGUAAUGUCUCAAACUCAAACCUUAAUCUCUGAUAAUACAGAUGAAUCUUAUACAAAUCUGGGACCACCAAAAAAAUCUCCACCAUCCAAUGGUAAGAAAACCAAAGGCAGAGUCAAGAUUAAAAUGGAAUAUAUUGAUAAUAAGCUGAGAAGAUAUACAACUUUCUCAAAAAGGAAGACCGGUAUUAUGAAGAAGGCAUAUGAAUUAUCAACCUUAACAGGUACGCAAGUAAUGCUAUUGGUAGCUAGUGAAACAGGGCAUGUAUAUACCUUUGCAACACGUAAACUACAACCAAUGAUUACUAGUGAAGCUGGAAAAGCGCUUAUUCAAACGUGUUUAAAUAGUCCAGAUCCUCCACCAUCGGGAUCAUCGGGAGAUCAGCGUAUGUCAGCAACUGGUUUUGAGGAAACUGAAUUGACCUACAACAUUACAGAGGACGAGCAGAAAGUAAGACAGCUGGUGUAUGGCUCACCUCACGGAGGUGGUCUGCACGUUGGCUAUUCAAGUACUGGUGGUCCGCAAAAUACUCAGCACGCUCCAUCUUCACAUGCUCAACAUACGCAUCUUAUAGCGCAUGCGCAUGCGGCACCACCAAAUUCGCAUUUAGUACCUUGCUCAAGUCCAAGUCCAAUGCUUGCUGGUAGUCCUUAUGUCCAAUCCUGUCCUUCGCCGCUUCCUCCUCCACAUGCAUCUUACCAUCCUCACAUGACUCAUUCUCAUAAUCAACGGUAGU